UUGUAGGUUGGCAACGCCUGCGCGCGUCUCGGACCGAGGCUAUAUAAGCAGCAGAGCGCGGCGCCGCGCCUCAGACCAGACCAAUCGCGGGAACGCCAAUCUACGCUCCUGUGAGACGGUUCAGCUUUCAACCUUCCAUUUUUGAACUCCUGGAAAGCUACAACCAUGCGUGAAUGCAUCUCAAUCCACGUGGGCCAGGCUGGCGUGCAGAUGGGCAAUGCAUGCUGGGAACUGUACUGCCUUGAGCAUGGUAUUCAGCCAGAUGGCCAGAUGCCCUCUGACAAGACCAUUGGUGUUGGUGACGAUUCCUUCAAUACUUUCUUCAGCGAAACUGGCUCGGGGAAACACGUUCCUAGAGCAGUGUUUGUGGACUUGGAGCCCUCAGUAGUUGAUGAGGUGAGGACAGGCGUGUACAGACAACUCUUCCAUCCUGAACAACUUAUCACUGGCAAGGAGGAUGCUGCUAACAACUAUGCACGAGGCCACUACACCAUUGGGAAGGAGAUUGUGGAUGUGGUUCUCGACAGGAUUCGCAAGCUGUCUGACCAGUGCACAGGCCUGCAGGGCUUCCUCAUUUUCCAUUCAUUUGGAGGUGGCACUGGCUCAGGCUUCACAUCUCUGUUGAUGGAGAGGCUUUCGGUUGACUAUGGAAAGAAAAGCAAGUUGGAGUUUGCCAUCUAUCCUGCCCCUCAGGUUGCUACUGCUGUUGUUGAGCCAUACAACUCCAUCCUGACAACCCACACUACUCUGGAGCACUCCGACUGUGCCUUCAUGGUAGACAAUGAGGCCAUCUAUGACAUUUGCCGCCGUAACCUGGACAUUGAACGCCCAUCCUACACAAAUCUCAACAGACUCAUUGGCCAGAUAGUCUCCUCCAUCACUGCCUCCCUUAGGUUUGAUGGGGCUCUCAAUGUAGAUCUUACAGAGUUCCAGACUAACUUGGUCCCCUAUCCCAGAAUUCACUUCCCCCUGGUCACAUAUGCACCAGUGAUCUCUGCUGAGAAAGCUUAUCAUGAGCAGCUGUCGGUUGCUGAGAUCACAAAUGCAUGCUUUGAGCCUGCCAACCAAAUGGUGAAGUGUGACCCACGUCAUGGCAAGUACAUGGCUUGUUGCCUGCUGUACCGUGGUGAUGUCGUGCCAAAGGAUGUCAAUGCAGCCAUAGCUUCCAUCAAGACCAAGCGCUCCAUUCAGUUUGUGGACUGGUGUCCCACCGGGUUCAAGGUUGGCAUCAACUACCAGCCACCCACCGUGGUGCCCGGUGGAGAUCUGGCCAAGGUGUCCCGUGCUGUCUGUAUGUUGUCCAACACCACGGCCAUUGCUGAGGCCUGGGCCCGCCUAGACCACAAGUUUGACCUCAUGUAUGCCAAGCGUGCCUUUGUGCACUGGUAUGUGGGUGAGGGCAUGGAGGAGGGAGAGUUCACAGAGGCUCGUGAGGACCUGGCUGCCCUGGAGAAGGACUACGAAGAGGUGGGGAUGGACUCUGCCGACGGCGAGGGCAUGGAAGGGGACGAAUAUUAACUUCUCCCUGCAUUUGUCACUGACUUCAGUGGAGAUUUAACAUUCCAGUCAUCUAAACAAAAUUCCUUUAGAACACAUUCCAAAAGAAAUAAAUUUGAGAUGCUCUG